CUCCUGCUGCUCCUCCCUCCGAGGUGGAUGGCGGCUGCCGGAGUCGGAACCCCAGCCGCGCUGCGGUGCCUUGAAGUAGAUGGGGAGAAGUUGCAGAUGAUUACAAGAAGAUACAUUCUAGAUCUCUCAACUCUGAGCUUUCUCACCCCUCCUUGGGCCUUGGACAGAGCCGUGGACACGAUGUGGCCCCCUUUCCCUGCUGGGAGUGGGGACGGGUCAGGAGAGAAGAGACAACAUAUCUGAUUCAUUGGCAAGACCACAGUCUGAUCCCAAAGAUGUGUUCCACGAACCCAGGCAGCUGGGUCACAUUUGAUGACGACCCCACUUUUCAGUCUUCUCAAAAGUCAAAGAAUUUCCCUCUGGAGAAUCAAGGCAUUUGUCGGCCAAAUGGACUUAAACUGAACCUUUCUGGCCCUAAGGAAUUUCCCAGUGGAUCUUCCUCUACCAGCAGCACCCCUCUCUCCUCUCCCAUCGUAGACUUUUACUUCAGUCCGGGACCUCCAAGUAACUCUCCUCUUUCUACACCUACCAAAGACUUCCCAGGUUUUCCUGGCAUCCCCAAAGCAGGGACUCAUGUGCUUUAUCCUAUUCCAGAAUCAUCUUCAAGCAGUCCAUCUAUAACAGCAACAGGUUCUUCCUCACUGGCUACUAAGCCAACCUGUUUCUCCCAAGCUUCCUUACCCAGCGACCACUCGUGUAUACAUCCAGCCUCCAAAGUGGGUCUUGCAGAUGAAGUGAGCCCUCACCAGGCUGAAGGGUUCCAGAGUGAUACUCCCCAAUUUCAGUAUUUUCGGGAAGACUGUGCCUUCUCAAGUCCGUUUUGGAAAGAUGAAGGCAGUGCUUCCCAGCUCACCUUUGACCCUCCAGGAAGCAGAAAGAUCUUCCCAUCAAGAGACAAAGAGGUGCCUGUGGAUCAAAAAGGCUUAAAUCAGUGUUCACUCAGCUACAUCUGUGAGAAGCUUGAAUAUCUCCAAUCAGCUGAGAACCAAGACUCAUUUGCAAAUUUGUCUGUGCAGCGUCUGUAUGCGGAAGACCCUGCCUCUUCCUUUGUCCCCCACAUGCUCUUCAGGAGUCAGCCGAAAGCUGGAUGGCCUUUCAUGAUGAGAAUUCCGGAGAAGAAGAACAUGAUGUCUUCUCGUCAGUGGGGGCCAAUUUUUCUAAAAGUCUUACCUGGAGGAAUUUUGCAAAUGUAUUAUGAGAAGGGGUUAGAAAAACCGUUUAAAGAGUUACAGCUCGAUCCAUACUGCAGGCUUUCUGAACCCAAAGUUGAGAACUUUAGUGUGGCAGGAAAAAUCCAUACUGUGAAGAUUGAACAUGUGUCUUACACAGAAAAAAGGAAAUACCAUUCUAAGACAGAAGUAGUUCAUGAACCAGACGUCGAACAAAUGCUGAAGUUGGGGUCCACAGAGUACCACGACUUCCUCGCCUUUCUGACCACUGUGGAGGAGGAGCUGAUACAGCUGCCAGCUGUUUCAAAACCAAAGAAGAACUAUGAGGAGCAAGAAAUUUUCCUGGAAAUUGUGGACAACUUUUGGGGUAAAAUCACUAAAGAAGGAAAGUUGGUUGAAAGCGCUGUGAUAACUCAAAUUUCUUGCCUCUGCUUUCUGAAUGGCAACACUGAAUGCUUUUUAACCUUGAAUGACCAUGAGCUACAGAAGCGAAAUGAACGCUAUUUUGAGAAAGAUCCAGAAAAGAAGGGGAUUGAUAUUCUUGACUGUCAUUUUCAUAAGUGUGUGAAAGCAGAAGAAUUUGAGCAAUCGAGAAUCAUUAAGUUUGUACCUCUGGAUGCCUGCAGGUUUGAGCUGAUGCGCUUCAAAACUUCACACAGCGGGGAAGAUCUUCCCUUUUCCCUGAAGUCGCUAGUGGUUGUCCAGGGGGCGUAUGUGGAGCUUCAGGCCUUCGUCAACAUGGCCCCGGUGGUCCAGAGACCAUCCCAGGCCGGUUCCUUGAGGUCCUGUGACAACGUAAUGAUACACUUUCCUGUCCCGUCUCAGUGGAUCAAGGCCCUCUGGACCAUGAACCUCCAGAGGCAGAAGUCCCUGAAAGCCAAAAUGAACCGCCGGGCGUGUCUGGGGAGUUUACACGAACUUGAAUCUGAACCUGUCAUACAGGUCACAGUGGGGUCCGCAAAAUAUGAGAGUGCCUACCGGGCUGUGGUAUGGAAGAUAGACCGGCUUCCUGAUAAAAAUUCAAGUCCUGAUCAUCCCCAUUGUUUGUCUUACAAACUAGAACUUGGAUCAGACCAAGAAAUUCCCUCCGAUUGGUAUCCAUUUGCUACUGUUCAGUUUGGGAUCCUUGACACCACUGCUUCAAGGACAGAGGUCAGGUCUCUGGGGGUGGAGAGUGAUGUCCAGCCACAGAAACACAUUCAUCAUCGGGCUUGCUACAACAUCCAGGUUGAAAUAGAAAAGAAGUGGAUUAAAAUUGAUGGAGAAGACCCGGAUAAAGCUGGUGACUGUGUAACUCAGUAGGAGUAGCAAGAGUCAGUGAUGAUGACCCACUUUGCAGAUAAAUGCAUAAUUCACAGAAACCGCACAAAGUCCUGCUACUACUGUAUAGUGGAAAUGACGGAUCCGCUGGCUGUGUUUAGGGAAGUUUAGACCUGCAAGCGAACCAUCUAUCCUUUAUGCUUUUGAUAUGUUUGUGCCCCAGGGGUUUGAUCUAAAAUGUGUCUUGAAUUUUUGUGAUGUUUUUAUUUCCUAGUAGAGCUCAAAGGCACUCUUCUCCAGUGUGUGACCUCACAGCCACUGGCCAAAGCAUUUUUAAUUUUUAUUACUCGGUGGCUGAUUGUUUCCCACUCUGGAUUGAUGCCAUGUUUAUUAUCCUCCAGCCCCAUCUCUUCUUAUUAAGUUAGCACCUAUGCUAGAGGAGAAGGCAGUUGAAGGAGACGUAAACCAAAGUGCUUAAUUUUCCCUCUUGCUCUUCUCUGAAACGUGGUUAUUGUAGACUGAUGUGGAAACCACAGGCUAAAAUGGAGAUGUGGAACUAUCUCUGAUUCUGAAUUAUUUAUCUUCCUGUCUUGUUAUCACAUUGGUGAGUAAUCAUCAGCUGUAUUUGGUACCUCUCUUUCCCUUGUGGUAUUAUUAUUUUCAAAAUGUAUUUGUAUGCUGUUAUGUGCGGCAAAGACGCUAGUUCUGUUACUAUGCGUAUUUUAGUACAAGUCACUGAGACAUACUGCCUUUUGCUUAGAGAGAUUCCUUUCAGAAUGAAAUCCUAGUAUGGACUCUAGUUAAAAUAUUAAUGUAUGUUAAAGAUGAAUUUUUAUAGUCCAUGAAUGUUGCUUCUCAAAAGUGUAGACUCUAAGAAUGUAUUUUGAUAAAGUAUUAUUUGUAAUUAACACAAGCCUCUCUUAAGUAGAAGUCUGAAUCAUCAUUAUUUUAUGCUAACCCUGCUAUCAUGCUAUUUAUGCUAAUUCUGCUUAGUUUAGAGUGAUUCUCUUUAAGAGAUGAGGAAACUGAAAGAUACUAUUUUGUCUACAUUUCUAACGAGUGAUAUUUCUAUUUUUCAAAGUCAGAUAAAUGUUUGUUUUUUUUUAAUGAAAAGUCAGUGGCAUUAGCAGUUAUGAUUCUGUUUAUAACUUCCUUUAAGUGUUUAUAGUGAAAAGUCAGACUUUUAAAUUUAGGAAAUCUAUGUUCUAGAUAUUUUUUUAGUAGGAAAAACAUGGAAAAAAAACAUGAUAUGAAUACACCUUCAAUUUAUGUUGAUCCUUAAAUAUGAUUAGGAGAUAUUUUUCUCUAUUUACCAGAUCUGUUUUGAGUCAAAACUGAUACGACAGUAUUCUUCCAAACAGCAUUAUCUGUUGGCCCUCAUACGUUUUAUUUAAUGUUAUAUUACAUUCAUUUUAAUCUGUUCAAAAUGCAAAUUAAAACGAACAUUUAUGAUGGUUUGUAUCAAUCAGCAGAUUUACUGCUUUUCAUUAUUUUCCUGUGAAGGCAAAGAAUGCAAAAGUUGACUGUUAAAAUGAAUUGGUGUUGCUCUUUUUAACUUCACUUGACAUGUUGCUCCUAAUAUCAUAUGCUUGAGACUCGCUAUAGAUAUAUACGAGAGCAAAUCUAUGUGUACAUCAUAUAAAAAAAGAUCCUACCAUCCUGACUCACCUGGUGUGGCACAUUCUGGAAUGACUUCAGUCUGCUGAGAGCAAAUAUGGAGGCAGGCUGAACUUGGUGCUGCUCCAUGGUCCUAGGGACGGUAACUGAGUUAAUUACUGCUGGUCCUUUCAGAUCUGUUUUAUGGCAUCCUGCCCAUAAAGAACUCAGAGUCUAAUUCGGAUGAACUUAAUGAAUAUUUACACCUCAAAGUAAUUUCAGCAUAGGGUCCAAUUAAUCACCCCUCAGGCUUCCCAGGUUGCCAGCAUGUGCCAGCACCUCACUGCUGGAGUCGUUUAUUCACCAGCCCUCCGGCCUUCAGACACAUCUCAGGAUUCAGUGCUGAAAAUAAUAACAAAAAGCUGACUGAAGCCCAAGUUGAGUUUUUGUGGCAAUGCAGAGGGUGUUGGUAGGAACAGCAGGGUUCUGCAGCAUAAUUGUUCAUUUGCGCAUCUAUUAGGGUCCUUAAAUAUUCAUUGCUUAGCAUUAAAUUAACAUUCUCUGUUGGGUGGAGAGAAUUUUUAAUACAGUACUUCUGACCUGAGCUGUGGCAGAAGGUCAGAUGUGAUCUUGGUGCUUUAAGUGACAAAUCAGGUAGCGUCCACUUAGACUUACAAAUUAAAAAGUAGAAUCUCCUUUUCCAGAAAGUAAAUGAUGAUCUUCAAAACAACAAUGACAAAAACUCUUUCUUUUAAGGUCAGGAAGGGAGGAAGGAAGUGAAUGAAGGAGGAACUACUCCUUACUAGAAUUUUAAUUUAGGUAAUUUAUUUAGAUCAAUGCUUUAUGAGUUUGACCCAUUAGGGGUCCUUUGUUUAAUUUACUGAAUGGCAGACUUCAGCCAGUUUGGGAUGGGUUGCUCUGCUCUAAUUGGUCUGGUCUAGUUACCUUACCAGUCAAAGGAUCAUAUUAACUCUGUAAAUGAGUUCAUGGCUUGAUGGUUACCUGAUCAGUUGUACAGAUCUGAAUUUAAGGACAUUUCCUUUUUUUUUUUUUAAUGGGACUAGAAAUAGUUUAUCCAUUUAAAAAGAAUGAAAAAAAAAAAAAAGCCCUUCUUAACAUAAAUAAAGGCUGGCAUUUUGACCUGAUUUCUGUGUUAGGUAAUUGUAGGGUUUUAAUUCCCUUCAUUCUGGGUUUGUGUUUUGAUAUAGCUCUUUUUCUCUUAUAAAUUCAGUCAGGAGGCCUUCCUUAAUAAUGACUAAGUAUUAUUAUAUCUUACUCAAAAUAUGAUUUUAUGUCAUCAAUACAAAUACAAAACAUAUUGAGCCUUAAUAAUCAUGUAACAAAGUAUUUUGUAGAUUGCAUAUUGAUUUUUUAAAAAUUAAAGAUGUAUUUCAAAUGA